UCCGGCCAGUAUGGCGCGAAAACACCAAGUAUGUCGCGCCCGGUUCUCCCCGAUUCAGCAUACGAAGCUCUCGGUCUAUCCCCAAAUACCAUGAAAGACCUGAUGAAUCCGAAGCCGGCGAACGAGCCUACCGAGCCUGCUGCCCCGAACCUCCUCCAAAGUGACGAAGACAAUGCACGGCCUCUGGCUCCGAACGAGACAUGGAUAACGCUAUAUGCCGAGCUACUGCUGCAUAUCCGGACCAUCACUCUGUUCGCGUCUCUGCGCACAAAUUAUUCCCACGAGACAAGCGCGAAGCUAUCUGCUGAUGGAGCAUACAUCACCGUCUCGCAUGAGGGCCAGUCUGCCACUAUCCGUCUACCCAUGAACGUCAAAGGAGAAGGCGAUGCCACUCUCUCAUUGCCAUCGCAGCCGCCGAGCAAGGAGUUGACACUGCGCUUACAGAUGGAAGAAAGAGAAGGAAGCGAUCUGCUUGGAACACUGCGGGGCGAGGAGCGACAAGUGAAUAUCGUACCCUGGGACGGUGCAUCGUUCAGCCAGAUCCAAUUCUUGGAAAUCACCUGCAAGGGCUGUGAGAAAGUGAUAGUACCGAGAGGCCAGGUGGGACAGUGGAGGGAUUUGCCCAACGAAAACUGGGCCGAGAUGAUGGAUUUUUGGCACUGCCAUAAGCCUGAUGAACAUGAUUUGCACGAUGACAUGCAAGAAGAGGUUGUCAAACGAAAAGGCUAUGCAGCUGGUAAUCGCUUGGAGGCAGUGAAAGGUGUAGGGUUUGUAAAUCUCACAAGCUUUCUCCUGAAGCAACAGGACUGUGAGGGCGCCCAGCUUGUUUCUGAAGAGUACGUAGGAAGGGAUUCAAUUGUAUGCAAGCACUGUGCCCACACACUCGGUAGUCAAGACGAAGCCACCAAUGGUUGGUGGAUACAUAAAUGGAACACAGGUGUUGCGACUCCUCUUCGGCCAAGUUCACCCACCACAUACACCAUGCAAAGAUGGAUCGCAGCCCGCCUUCUCUAUCUCAUUGAGAAUUUUGGUGUGCGCAAAUUUCACAUCCAUCCUCUCACCCUCACCACGACUCCCUCGAGCGACCCAUCGUGCACGCCUGACUCCCGAAUAUCAACACCAUCGUUGCUCAUUUGGGUGUUCACGCCGGACCUUCUCUUCUCAUCCUCGGUCCCUUCACCGAAUCGCCACGAUCCUGUGCGCUCGAUGAAAGUCUUCUACCAAAAGCAGACUUGGCAGCCGCUCAAGCCUGGUGAGCCAGAGAGUGCGACUGUCGAGGACGUGGAGUUCCCACAGGACUUGUAUGAAGAGUUGGGGAAAGUGCUAGAAGAGAGUCAAGGAUGGUUGCCGCCAACGACAAGAAGGUUUCAGGGAUGGCAUGUUGGGUUAUUGCAACGGUUUGAUGAGAAUGAUGUGUGGAAGGCUGAAGGUGGUAGACAAUUAGUAGAUACGUGACGAGAAACAAAAAUCCCCUUGAGCCAAUUACGUGACUGCACCCUACCUUGGUUCAUCCCUUCCCAAUGUUCCGAACACCUGGACAUGGCGGAAGUGUUGCGUUCUUUCAAGGCGUAUUAGUAGAAGUAACUCCCAUACUACUCCCUCCCUCUACGACAACAGGUGCCCGGCCUGUGUAUCGCAGCCCCGCAGCUCUCACAUUGUAAGCGCCAUUGUCCGACGUGUUGGACGUGUUUCUGGCCCCCACGGUUCCGGUGAGUGGAUUACUGCACUCGCCCAAUCGAACGGCAUGUGCAUACGUAUGCUCGCACCCAGUAUAUCAAAGACACGGUGUUGUGCACAUGGACGAACUCCGGGAAAGUCGGACAGGAC